GAAGCGCCUUCGUACUGUUCUUCAAUCAUCUGGUUGACGUAUAAAUGCUGAAGGCCGCAUCGCAAUUUGAGACUUGAGAUUCACUCGCUGCUUUCCAUUGAAUCGUCAUUCUGACAACGGCCAGUGUUCGAAUUCUCAGCUUCGACCACCGCAAUGGAGAAAGAUGAGGAGAGGAGGGACAAUGCGCCAGAAUGUGUCACAGAUACUUUUCCUGAGGUUGGAGAAGUCAAGGACUAUGUCACUCACGAUGGCGAUGCUGCACUGGAUUUCUUACGCCAAGAGGCCGACGUUCGUCCUAUGACAGCCGAAGAUGAGAAAAGAUUGGUUCGCAAGAUCGACUGGAUGAUCAUGCCCAUCAUGUGGGUGUGCUACUGUCUUCAGUACCUGGACAAGACAUUGAUCAAUUAUGCCAACGUCAUGGGUCUCCAGGACGAUACUGAAAUGUCCAAAGACCAGUUCAGCAAUCUCGCAUUGAUAUUCUACGUCUCAUAUCUGGCGUUCGAAUUCCCACAUGCGUACGGAAUGCAGAAGCUGCCGACUGCAAAAUACCUUGGAGCCAUGGUCUUUCUAUGGGGCGUCGUCGUGACGGUGACAGCUGCGUGCAAGAACUAUGGUGCUUUGGUGGCGACGAGAGUGCUUUUGGGAGUGUUCGAAUCUGCAGUUGCUCCAAGCUUGAUUUUGAAUACCAGCAUGUGGUACAAGAGGCACGAGCAGCCGCCUCGCGUUGGGCUGUGGUAUCUCGGUGUUGGAAGCGGGACUAUCAUCGGCAGCCUCGUGUCGUUCGGGUUCCAGCAUGUUACUAGCAGGACGUUCUACUCUUGGCAAAUUAUGUUCUUGACUGUCGGCCUUGUCACUUGCACCGCAGGCAUUGUGGCAUACUUCUUUCUCCCAGACAACCCCAUGUCGUCACGUUUGACGUACGAAGAUAAGGUGUGGGCGAUUCGACGCCUGCGUGAAAAUCAAACCGGCAUCGAGAACACCCACUUCAAACCUGCACAAGUGAUCGAGUGUUUCCUCGAUCCUCAGACUUGGCUCAUCUGCCUUGCGACAAUCGCAUCAAAUGUACCUAAUGGAGCUGUCUCGAGCUUCCAGGCCACAAUUAUUAGGAAUUUCGGCUUCGACAGCAAGACGACCGCUCUCCUUCAAAUCCCAUCCGGUGUGAUCUCAAUGAUUGCUAUUAUCAUUUCGACACAGCUUGCCGGCAGGUACAACCAGCGUGGCCUACAGAUCAUCGCACUCGUGCUGGUGGGUGGUGUGCUCGGCGGUGCUCUCAUGGCAUUCCUGCCAGAAAAUCACAAAGCUGGCACGCUGAUCGGCAAUUAUCUCACCAAUGUAAUUGGAGCGUCGUUGCCUUCGAUGUACUCCUUGGUCGCAGCCAAUUACGCCGGACACACCAAAAAGGUCACGAUGAAUGCCCUUCUACUGAUAUCGUUCUGCUUGGGCAAUAUCUUCGGGCCCAUGUCCUUCACUGGACAAAGCGCGCCAGAUUAUAUCCCAGCGAAAAUCACCAUCAUCGCCACCUGCGCGGGGACGUGUGUGUUCGUCGUUUGCCUCCAGGCGUACUAUGUCAUGGAGAACAAGAGACGCGAUAAACUGGCAGCUGAAGCCGCGGAUCGAGAUGAGGACGAAGCAGCGUUCAUGGACAGGACUGAUCGCCAGAAUCAAGGCUUCAGGUAUCAGUUGUAAGAUGUGCAUGGCACGUAGUCUGGAGAGUCCGAAACGCCCUCAAAACUGCAUGCGGACCUUCAGUUUGUCGCCUUCCACAAUCUCGUCUUUUCUGGCC